AUGCCAAUUCUAUGGGUCAUGUACUUUCUUAACUUCCUAGACCGAAACGCCAUCGUGAACGGAAAGCUUAACAAUCUUGAUAAGGAUCUCAAUAUGGUCGGUUCUCAAUACAACACAUGCGUCAGCAUCUUCUUCGUGGGAUACAUCACCGGGCAGAUUCCCUCCAACAUGCUCGUCACCCGUGUUAAGCCCACCUGGCUCAUCCUUGGGAUCACCGAAGCGCCCUUCUAUUCCGGAGCUUGCUACAUGGUUAGCCUCUUCUACACUAGGAAAGAGACUGCAACUCGAUUGGCUGUGUUCUAUACUGGAAAUCUCCUUGCAAGCUCGUUCUCAGGUUUGAUCGCGGCUGGUGUCUUUGCUGGCCUUGACGGGAAACACGGCCUCGCUGGUUGGAGAUGGUUGUUCUUGAUACAAGGAGUUGUCACUGUUGGCGUGGCAUCCGUCGCUUUCUUCCUACUUCCCAACGCUCCCCUCGAGACCCGAUGGCUUACGCUAGAGCAGCGACAACUAGCCCAUGACCGCGUCGCCAAAGACACCACAGAAAAGCGUCAGGCGACAAGCACAUGGUCCGGUCUGUGGGAAGCCGCUACAGACUAUCGCAUUUGGUUAUUUGCUCUUAUGGGAAAUCUCCAUCUAUCCGCCAACGGCUUCAAGAAUUACAUGCCGACGGCGGUCAAGUCUCUCGGCUUCAAUACAACCAUCACGCUCGUACUCACAUGCCCGCCCUACCUGAUCGCCGGGGCAGCAUCUGUGUUGGUGUCCUGGUCUUCUGGGAGAUACAACGAGCGAACUUGGCAUAUUACCGUUUCCAAGACAGUGGCGAGCAUCGGCUUUGCCGUCGCGACGAGCACGAUGAACAUUGGUGCACGGUACUUUGCCAUGGUCCUGUUUGUUGGUGCCAGGUACGGCGUGAACAACAUUAACGUCGCAUGGACGGCCGCUACUGUUGGCCAAACGGACGAGAAGAAGGCGGCUGCGAUUGCGAUGGUCAAUACACUAGGCAACCUGUCAUUCGUAUACACGCCCUAUCUCUGGCCCGACAGCGACAGCCCGCUUUUUAGGAAGGCAAUGAUUGCGAGCAUUGGCUUUUCGAUGGGCGUCGUAAUGACGGCGUGGUUGAUGAAGUUCAUCUUGGUACGAAUGAACAGACAAAUAAGAACUACGCAGGACGAGGCCACGAACUUCUACGCCUACUAG